UGGUAAGGUCUUGCGAAACUUUUUAAGAAUAGACACCAGAUCGACGUUACAAGGUUGCAUGUUCUGCUUGGAAAAGAAGUACAUAUGACUACAGGGAGAAGUAGAUCUGCAGGAUGCUGCUGCUCCUCAUCCUCAUCUCAUCUGUCUGUGCAGCAACAUUUGUAGUGAAUGUGACACAGAGUUCCUAUCAGGCAGAGGAGAACCACAACAUCACUCUGGAGUGGACCUUCGCAACCAAACCUGACGUCUCCUGGAGGUUCCUGUUUAUCAUCUGUAACCUGAUAACUGAUCACAGAAUCUUCACCCUGUAUCAUGUCAGUGAAGGAGUUGAGGUACCAGAGUCUCAGGAUGGACAGUUUGUAGGACGAGUCCAGAGGGACAAAGACAUCUUCAGAGAAGGACGAAUCAGACUUCAUGUGUCCAGACUCAGAACUAAUGAUUCUGGUCUGUAUGUGUGUGAUGUGAACACAGAUCAUGGAUGGGGCUCUGCCAGCUGUCAGCUCAACGUUACUGAAGCUGCAGAAGAGCUCCCACCUCAGAGACCAACCAUCAGACCACAACCAGAGAGAGGAGGACACAUCUUACUGGUCGUUAUGGUGGGAUGUGGAGUAGCAGCAGCAGUUCCUCUGGUGAUCAUUGUUAUCACUGGUUUUAUUAUCAGAAAGAGAAAAAGCAGAGACAAACGAGCUGUUGAGAGUCCCACAGAGACAAUCCUAAAACAUCCCAUUUAUCAUCAGCCUGAAUCAGAGAUUCAGUUAAAGACUUGAGUUAUAAAUUCAUCAGAAACAAAGACUCUGUUCCUUCAACAUCUGUCUGAAGUACCAGAAAACAUUAUAAAUGACUACAAACUAUUUGUUGAUGUACAUGAUAAUUUUUUCAGAGAAAAAGAAGUUACAUCUAAGCUACUGUAGUUUUGUAAAGACAUCCAAAUUGUCACUAUCUGAUUUGUGCAUCCACCACAACUUCAUCUGAUGUGUUUCAUUCUGCUGAGUCAUGAAAAGCUUCUUCUGACUGAGGAUCUCACCUCCCUGAACAUCACAGAUCCAGAUGGUGACACCUGUAAUGGAAAGUUAAUGUGUAGUUUGAGGGUUUAUCCAUAAAUUACAGGGUGUGCAGAAUUAUUAGGCAAGUUGUAUUUUUGAGGAUUAAUUUUAUUAUAGAACAACAACUGUGUUCGCAAUGAACACAAAAGAC